AUGGCUCGUUCUAAUGCUCGUCAAGAGGAGGGCUUGGCCUCCACCCCUCUCCAAAUCGACAAGGAAUACCUCAAUGAGAAGGCACCUUUCACUGAAACUGAGGUCAAGAGCGGAACUCGUAUCGACUUCUACAACCCCUUCACAGGAAAGCUCGUCUUGCGUUUGCAAAGAUGGCCUCUCGCCCUUGUAUUUGUUAUGGUCUGCGCCUGGUUCGUCUUGCCCCCUGAACUGCCUGCUUUGCACAAGCUGAAUGCUGGCUUUACCAAGCCUUGCCCUCACCACGCAAAACAUGUUCAGGCUGUCAAAGGCUACUCGCAGCACUUGAGCAGCUCUGACUUGCUCUCCCCUUCCUCUGCUGCUGUUGCUGAGGCGCAGAAGGAGUCGCCUGAGGCUCGCUGGAAGAAAUGGUUUGCCAAGCUCGAAUCUGACUACCUCGCCAUCCCCUCCGCUCAGAGCGCUCGCGACGCUUUACAGCGCUACACCAACGUCUCUCACUACGCCGGUACUGAUGGUGACUACAACUCUGCCCUCCAGAUCCUCGAAGAAUGGGGCAACCUCGUCGGUGCACCCCUCACCGAGGAUCUAAAGGACCUCGUCUUUGACGCAGGCUCCGCCGAAAGCCAGGCCUACAUCAAAGGCACUGAUGGCAAAGACGAUGUUCGUGCAUGGACCGAUAGCUACGCUGUAUGGCUCAAUUACCCUAUCAACUCCUCUCUUACCCUCGCUAAACCAGACCAGCUGGACAAGCCUUACUGGACAGCCUCGCUUAAGGAGGAUGUUCUCGAUGCCGAUCCUACCAGCUCGCGCGGUGUGCCUCUUUUCCAUGGAUACUCGGCUUCGGGUAGCGUCUCUGGCCAGGUCGUAUUCGCAGGUAUGGGCAGAAAGCAAGAUUUUGCAGACCUCGCCACAAAAGGUAUCGACGUAAAAGGUAAAAUCGUCUUGGUCGACUACGGAAGCAACUUCCGCGGGCUCAAAGUUCGUGCUGCCCAGGAAGCUGGUGCUGUGGGAGUCAUCAUCUACACCGAUACAAUCGAAGAUGGAGAGAUCACCGAAGCCAAAGGCCACAAAGCUUACCCUGAUGGACCUGCUCGCAACCCCUCUGCUGUUCAACGUGGGUCGGUGCAAGGAUUGUCCUUUUACCCUGGUGAUCCUUCUACUCCUGGAAAGCCUUCUUACCGCAAUGCUACGCGGUUGGAGCCUCAAGAUGCCGAUUCGCUCCCCAAGAUCCCCUCCCUCCCGCUGUCUUACUCCGAGGCAAAGGUAUUGUUGGAAUCGAUGAAAGGCAAAGGUCUCAAAGCCACCGAUGUCAACUCUCGUCUCGCUGGAGCGAUCAAUGGAGUCGAAUACUGGACCGGUCCAUCAGACGACAUUGUUCACCUAGAGAACUUUGUCGAUCUUCAAGUCCGCGAUAUUUGGAACACUUAUGCUGUUCUUCCCGGUCAUAUCCGCGAUGAAGUUGUUGUGCUGGGCAAUCACCGAGAUGCAUGGACUUUUGGUGCUGCAGAUCCUAACUCAGGCACAGCUGCUUUCCAUGAAGCUAUCAAAGGUCUAGGCGAGCUCUACAGGAAGGGAUGGAAACCGAUGCGCACGAUCGUAUUCGCUUCGUGGGAUGCUGAAGAGUAUGGCCUCGUUGGAUCGACUGAGUUUGGCGAAGAUUACGCUGAGUGGAUUCGGGAACACGUUGUUGCGUAUCAUAACGUGGAUGUCUCGGUCAGUGGAAGUGUGCUUCAGGCUAGUUCGUCGCCUUCCUUGUCGCGCUUUGUUGAGAAGGCAGCUGCAAAGGUAGACGAUCCGAACUCCAAGCGAAACAAGUCUGAGGCCAACCAAAAGAUUGCGCUUGAUGCAUUCAACCCGCUCGGCAGUGGUUCAGAUUAUACUGUCUUCCUCCAACAUCUCGGCAUUGCGUCCACCGAUGUUGGCUUCAAACGUGCUCCCACCGACCCAGUCUACAUGUACCACUCGAACUACGACAGCUUCUACUGGAUGGACAACUUCGGCGAUCCUGGAUUUCACCGUCAUGAAGCAGCUGCAAAGAUCAUUGGUCUGAUGGCGAUCGAGACUUCCACUGAGCUUUUCUCUCCCAUCAAUGUCAAGGACUAUGCUAGCGAGCUUAGCAAGUAUCUCGCCAAGGUUGACAAGCUGGCUGCCAACAAGUUGGGCAUUCCGACUAAGGGUGCCGGUGCACGACAUCCGCACUGGUUGCAAAGGUUGCGACUGGCGAUUCACAAACUCGAGAUCAGUGCGAGCAACUUUGAACACCACAAGGAGCAUUUUAGAAGGAAGCUCAUUCAUUUGGCGGAGAAGCACGAGAAGAAGGGUGGAAAGAAGGUGGAGAAGGAGAUCUGCAAGGUGUUGGGUGAGAUCAGAGGGAUGAACAAGAAGUUGCAGACUUUUGAACAGGGAUUGAUUUCGAAAGAGGGUUUGAAGGGGAGAGAGUGGUAUAAGCAUUUGGGUACUGCUCCUGGAAGGUGGUUGGGGUAUGGAGCGACGACGUUCCCUGGUGUGACCGAGGCGAUUACGUUGGAUGGAAGUGAUGGGUUGGAGGGUGAGGCGAAGAGGUUGACUGUUCAUAUUGAAGGGCUGGCGAGGCAUCUUCGAGGUCAUUCAAGGCCCGCUCUCGCAGCCGUUCAGAACUAA